AUGCAGGGAUCUCGCGUCCAGCCCCACGGCCGCAACGUGCCGCCGUCAAACCUCCCCGCCUGGACAGCUGACAUAAACCUGCUGAACCCAAAUGUCCACCACUGCGAUUUUGUGUACACACACACCAUGGGCGAGAUCGCGCCCACCGACAGGGAGUCGGAAGAGAAGGCUGCGGCGACCAUCCAGCGCAAUUAUCGCGGCUAUAGGGAGCGGAGACAGUUGAAGGGCAUUGGACUGGAUGCGAGCGCAAGAUGGGCUGAGAAUUGGAAGAGAGUCGGCGAGAUUGCAAGACGUGCGGGCGCAGAUGAUCCAGAAUCUGCGUCGGAGACGGAGGAUGAGACUGUAGAGGGCCGCAUGGAGCAUAGGAAGAAGAGAUUUGAGCAGAGAGCCGAACGCGAGAAAACGGCCAAGAUGAUGGAUCUGCAAUAUUUCCUGGAAAUGGUCGACCAGAAACAUCGCUAUGGCAGUAACCUCCGCGCAUACCAUGAGCAGUGGAAGAAGGCGGACACCAACGAAAACUUCUACUACUGGCUCGAUCACGGCGAGGGCAAGAAGUUUGAGCACCCCACGGUGUCCAGAGAAAGGCUAGAGAAAGAGCAGGUGCGGUACUUGUCUCGAGAAGAGCGCAUGAAUUACCUAGUCCAAAUCGAUGAAGAGGGACGGCUGUGUUGGGCGAAGAACGGCAACCGGAUCAAUACCACGCCAGAAUACAAAGAUAGCAUCAACGGCAUCGUCCCCGUAGACGACAACACUCCAGCGUACGGCCCGAAUGGCCAACUCAUCAGCGACGGCCAGAGCAAGACCAUACGGAGGAGCUCGAUGUCCUCAAGCUCAGAUACUGGCUCAGAGCACAGUGACGUUGAAGGCGAACACUACGUCAACGAGGACCUGAACAAGGCGAAAGGGGUGUCCAAGUUGAAGCAUGUCAGCGCAGCGACGAUACUCAACCACCUUUUGCGGAGCUCGGUCAAGCCAAAUUCGUGGAUCUUCGUCGCUGACACCUCUUUCCGCUUGUACAUCGGCAUCAAGCAGUCUGGCGCAUUCCAGCACAGUUCCUUUCUACACGGAGCUCGAAUAUCGGCGGCAGGUCUUGUCAAAAUCAAAGAUGGUCAGUUGCGCCGCCUCUCGCCGCUCUCGGGCCACUAUCGCCCGCCUACGAAAAACUUCCGCGCAUUCGUACACUCGAUGCAGGAUAACGGCGUCGACAUGUCGCACGUAUCGAUAUCACGGUCAUAUGCUGUCCUGGUUGGUCUCGAAGCAUACGUCAAGACGCGGCGGAAGUUCAAGCACGGCGUGGAGCAUGUCAAGGAGGCCGAGACCAAGAUCGUGCAUCCAGAGGAGCACAAACGGAAACUGGAAGAGCAAAAGGACAAGAGCAAAAGCGCUGAGAGGGAGCGACAGAUCCUGGCACGCAAAGCCGAAAUGGAAGAAGCGGAAAAGAGAGAGCAGAGCUGGCGGCGCCGAAUGUGGAAGCGACUCAGCAGGGGAGGCAACGAGAAGGACGAAUUGGCGCCAAAGGAGCGGGACGACGCCAAGGAGCAGAAGAGGAGUAAGUGGUUGAGCAAGUCUGGCCAGGACGUGGAGAGCGCGAUACCCCCUGAUGGAAGACGGGACAAACUCGAGAAGCGAGAUGGUGCUGCACCGUGAGCGUUCCUGCAUAUGUGGAUACCCUAAUUGAUGUUGUGUUUUUGUGUUUGAAUGCAU